UUUGGGAAUUUCUCUUCCUCUUUCGUACUCGAAACCCUAACCCUAGGUUAAGCAGAGGUCUGCGCCUCUCCGUCGUCCUGAUUCAUUCUCAGGCACCACUUUUUAUCGCAUCUUUAUAAGAACCCCAAUUUCCCUUGCCUUUAGUGGGAUUCGUCUUUUGUUUUACGGGUAAAUCUUCGAUUCAAUCUCAGAUUCGAAUUAUGUCUCGGUGCUUUCCGUACGCACCACCGGGGUAUGCUUUGAGCAGCGCCAGAAAUGAUGCCUUGAUUGAAUCGAUUAAGCUCCAAAAGCCUAAGGUUCAAGCUGAGGAACAGAGGAAGAAGGAGAAGAAAAGGGAAAAGAAAGAGAAGAAAAAAGACAAGAAAGAAAAGAAAGACAAGAGAAGUCAGAAUCAGGGCAAUUCUGAUAGUGUCUAUGGUAAUUUUGGUGAAAAAUUCAGUACAGAUGGUAAAGAAGGAAAAGAUGAUUCUGUACAAUUGGAACGUAGCAGUCUUACUGAGGAGCAUGCAGAACCUGUUUAUUUGCGUGGUCCAAGCUCGUCCUCUGAUAGCACUGAGAAUAGUAACAAGAGGAAGAGGCUGCCUUCCCCUGUUGAUGUUAGCCGUGGCCACGGUAAGAUUAUCCGGAUAAGGCUGUCUACAAAGAAGCAAUCCCAAUCUGAUUCUUCAACAAUCGAAGAGCUGAAACAUUGCUCUACAUCUAGUAGGAUACAAGCCCCUCCCCAAAAAAAAAAUGAUGCUUCUCUGGGACAGAGAAGUGCAGGCUUUUGUUCCACAUCGGGGUCAAUCAGCAAUGUUAAGCAAUGCCUUGUUCUCAAGACUGGUGGAGAGCGGAUUCAUGUUGCCUCCAACCAUAAAACAGUGCUUCCCCUGAAUCCGUCCCCCUUUGAAACCAAAGCUUUUUCUGCAGCCCCUAAGCAGAUCAAGAAUGUCGUGGAAUCUAAAGUGCUGCCUGCAGCCUCUAAUCCUAUCAUGGCUGAUUCUCCCUUUGGAACUAAAGCUUUGCCUGUAGCAAAUACAGUUUCGACUGCAAUGCAUAAAGAGGGACUACUCUACCAGAAUCUAAUGGAGAACUGGGUUCCACCCCAAAUGUGCGGCAGUGGUGAUGAUAAUCGGGAUGAAGAUUGGCUCUUUGGUAGCAAGACUAAAUUGGAAGUAUCUGAAAAGAAACUGGUCUGCAGAGAGGAUAGCAUACCGUGCUCCAACACUUCAUCGCGGUGGCCAUGUGCACAAUACAUACCGGAGGUUGACUUGUUUGCCCUGCCGUUCACGGUUCCUUUUUGAUUUUUAGUGAUGCAGAUAAAAUAGAUCAAAUUAUUUUCUUUUGCCCGAGGAUUUUUGUAGUGGUUUCUCUUUGGGCAAAUUGGAGACAACGAUGUAUUGUUGCCACAUUGAGAAUUUGCAACUGUAUAUAAAAUACUACUUUAUA